AUGAUCUUUUUCGUCUACCUGCGCGGCGAUCUAUCUGAAUCCAAAAAAAAGGAACUAGGACUCUCUGAUGAGGGCCUCAUCGAUGCGACCCUCUCUGUGAGCAGCUCUGUUGUCUACCCGGAUGGUAGCUACUUGGAACCAAGUUCCUUUACAAUGCCGUUAAAAACUAUUCCCAUCAACGAUGCAGCCCAUUUCAUCAUUCGCGAUUCCAAUGGCACUCAGGUUGAGUACCUACCUAGUAGCGGCCGCUGCGACAUAUUGCUAGAUUUCCAGCUUUCUACAAUGUUUUUGAAGAGCGACUCGGAGAUAAAGACGAUUCAUGUCUAUUUGCCAUGUCGUUGA